GACAAUCACUCCCCGCCCACCAAAGGCGCUGAUUGGCUCGUUUUGAUUGAGCAUCCCUUUCUAUUGGCCGGCGGUGUCGACCUCGCCUUUCAUAUCUUUUUUUAACACCCGUUCGCGCGCGUGCGCACAGAAGAAGAGACUGGGGAUAAAGCGUCCCCGGAGGGUGGUUUUUAACUCCCGGACGUUCCGUUAGCGUAGCCCGACGUCGUGACGUCACCAAAGGUUUCGCUGCGGCCCUCCCAAGAUGGCGGCUCGUUGAGGGCUUGAGGCCUGAGGCUCCGUCGGUCGUUAUAUGAAAAGCAGGAACCGUUCCGUAUCAAUAAAUGAAGGAGAACAAGGAAAACUCCAGCCCUUCUGUGUCUUCGGCAAACCUGGACCACACAAAGCCAUGCUGGUACUGGGAUAAGAAGGACCUGGCUCACACGCCGUCGCAGCUAGAAGGGCUCGACCCAGCCACUGAGGCCAGAUACAGGAGAGAAGGCGCUCGGUUCAUAUUCGACGUGGGAACCCGUUUGGGACUACAUUAUGAUACUCUGGCAACUGGAAUAAUAUACUUCCAUCGGUUUUAUAUGUUCCACUCCUUCAAACAGUUCCCAAGAUAUGUGACUGGAGCCUGUUGCCUCUUCCUAGCAGGGAAAGUUGAAGAAACACCCAAAAAAUGUAAAGAUAUAAUCAAAACAGCUCGUAGUUUACUAAAUGAUGUGCAGUUUGGACAAUUUGGAGAUGAUCCAAAGCAAAGAAAUAACCCAUUGCACAGGGGAAGCAGUGAAACUGGCCACACAGAGUGCAGCCAUAUGCAUACAGAAGAAGUUAUGGUUUUGGAAAGAAUCUUAUUGCAGACGAUAAAAUUUGAUUUACAAGUGGAACACCCUUAUCAAUUCCUGCUUAAAUAUGCUAAGCAACUCAAAGGUGAUAAGAACAAAAUUCAGAAACUGGUUCAGAUGGCAUGGACAUUUGUAAAUGACAGUCUCUGCACUACAUUGUCAUUACAAUGGGAACCUGAGAUUAUAGCUGUUGCAGUUAUGUAUCUGGCUGGCCGCUUGUGUAAGUUCGAGAUUCAGGAGUGGACAUCAAAGCCAAUGUACAGAAGAUGGUGGGAACAGUUUGUGCAGGAUGUGCCUGUUGAUGUCCUGGAAGAUAUCUGUCAUCAGAUCCUGGACCUGUACUCACAGGGGAAGCAACAAAUGCCUCACCAUACCCCACACCAGCUACAGCAGGCUCCUUCCCUUCAGUCUACCCCUCCAGUACCUCCUACCCAACAGUCCCAGCAAUCUCAAAGCUCAGAGCAGUCACAAUCACAACAGCCAAAAGAGACUCAGCAAGCAGGACAGCAGCAGCAGCAGCAGCAGCAACAACAGCAGCCACAACCACAGCCGCCACAACCACCACAAACUCAACAGUCCAAAAAACCAUCUCCUCAGUCAAGUCCUCCCAGACAGGCAAAACGACCAGCGGUUGUAUCACCAAAAGAAGAACCCAAAUCUGCAGAGGCACCUCCUGCUAAGGUUGCUAAAAUGGAACCUUCUCAUCCGCCAGUACCCCCUGUGCAUCCACCACCUGAACAUAAGCCUCCUCUGACAACUGCUGUUUCCAUGGGAGGUGACCAGACAUCUAUAGUAGAUUCCGUAGACAUUGCAAAAGUCCCGAUCGCGCCUCCAUCUCAUCCGGCUCCUGUACAUCAACCACCACCUAUGCCUCACCGUCCACCACCCCCACCCCCGCCAUCUAGUUAUAUAACUGGCAUGUCCACUACCAAUUCUUACAUGUCAGGAGAGGGAUAUCAGAGUCUUCAAUCAAUGAUGAAGACAGAAGCACCAACCUAUGGAGCUCUGCCACCCACCUAUGGACCUCCAACUCACUUGCCAUAUCAUCCUCAUGUGUAUCCUCCCAACCCUCCUCCACCUGUUCCUCCACCUCCACCCACAUCUUUUCCACCACCAACUAUUCCUCCUCCUACCCCAGGGUAUCCUCCUCCACCUGCUUAUAAUCCUAACUUCCCACCCCCUCGGCUACCUCCCUCCCAUGCUGUCCCACCUCACCCUCCUCCGGGACUGGGAAUGCCACCUGCCAGCUAUCCUCCUCCCUCAGUGCCCCCUGGUGGACAGCCACCAGUACCACCUCCAAUACCUCCACCUGGCAUGCCCCCUGUUGCAGGACUUGGACGUGCUACAUGGAUGAGAUAGCAGUUUUACAUAAGAUAUCUUUAACCCUGGGGAAUGGUUUAAUGGUCAGGAUAGUUGAGGGGAAAAUGAAGGGAAUUGUUUGUGUAAUGUAGGGAUGGAUGGAUGAAAAUCUAGAAGGCAGCGACUUAGAAUCUUUACUGGUCUGCUUACAGUUUAGUCAGUAGCAAUACAGGCUUUUAGUUUCAAUAUUGCAAAGCUAAUUGAAAUUCAAUUCCUAAGUUAAUUGUAGCACUGGAUUACUUUGCACUAAUAAAAAUGUUUUUUUAAAGGCCAUAUUGGCUUAGUUAUAUUGGUAAGACAAAAAUCUGCUCCUUAGAAAUCAGUGCCUCCUUGUUUGAGUAUAAGAAUUAAGGAUAUCGUUCCAUCUGAAGGAGAAAAAUGCCUUCCUGGUUGUCAUAACAUUCCAGCAACACUUUGUUCUCAGUAAGAGAGCCAAUUCUAUUUAAUAAAAUAUAUAUAUUCACAGAGAGACACAACAGUUGCAGCCUAUAGCUGAUGAACAUCCUUUUUGCCUUUUUUGUUUUGGAAUGUACUCUGAUCUUGACCUGAAAUGUAUGUCUGAACCUCUGUGCAAAUUCCUGUACAUAAAUAGCUAUUUUCUAAGUGUGGAAGUCUGAAUGUAAUGGCAUUUGGUGAUUUACUACUUGUUUAUCUUUUUGAAAGGCUGACAUGUACUCCAAUAAAUCUGGUUGUGAAGUCUG